UCUUCUGGCCUGUUUUUGGGGUUGAUGACGCAAUCAAAACAAAACUCCAGAGAGUCACGUACCGGACGUAGGUUUGGAAACUAAACUCUUUGUUGUUUUGUAUCGUUUUGUUUUGUUUUGUUUUAGCUCGAUAGUUUAGACACACAGAAGCUAUUUCCCAGCGCCACCACCCGGGGAGCAGCUCGGUUCUGUCCGCCAUGCCUCAGCCUCCGAAGCCCGGGGAGAGACAGCAGCAGCAGCUUCCUCUGGUCCGGUCUCUGGACAGUCGACGCCAGGUUCACGUGCUAUUCUGUAACCGCAGUCCACGCACCGUCCAGCUGCUCUGGAUUAAUUACCAGGGACAACCGCAGUCUUACGGCCAGCUGAAGCCGCAGACUGGGAAGAGGAUAAACACUUUUGAAGGACACCCGUGGAUGUUUCGUGAUGCUGAGACUGAUGACCCGAUGUUGGUGAAUAAUAAGGAGAUGUAUUUGCCCAGCGCACUGGAAAACGGACAAGUCUCUGUGGUCAACAUCACACUACCGGUGUAUUCCCUGAGGGAGCGUUGUCUGCAGGUGGUGAGGAAGCUAGUGUGCAUGGAAGACUUCUCCAGGUUAGAAAUCGCUCAGACUCUUCAGGAAGAUCUCGCUCACAAGCCCAACAUCCAGUCGGACCUGCGGCGCAUCAACCAGAAAGUUGAACAGAGACUACUGCAGAACAGAGAGGCUCAAAACACCUGAACCUCUCUUCACAACAUCACAUCUCCUCUCUCUCUUUAUUAGUACUCUUCUCAAUUAAAUGAUUUUUCUUAUGAUUAUUAUUAUUAUUAUUAUUAUUACAAAAAACCCUCAGGACAGAUGUUCAGCCUCAAGAAUCUCUAGCAUGGAUACUGCAAAUCUGUUUGUUUAGCUGGGUAGAGGACUUUAGAUGUGCUCUCACUGCAGGAACCUUUUUCAGGAACCCAUGAACUUUGUUUUGCUGGAAAAAGGAAAAGCGUGUCAGAGUCUUCCUCUAGUAAAAGUAGAAUCCAGAAAUGUACUUGAGGGAAGUAUCUAUAUUUAAACUUUAAAAGGGGCAAUAGUCGAUUUUUUUUUGCCUGCGGUCAGGCAGUUUGAAGACACUCUACAGGCCACUAAAAUGCUUCAACUUUUAAGAUUUUCUAUCUACAAAAUACAGCUUGCAGGCUGGUUUACUACUCCUUAUACUGUGCUUAUAAAUGAUAAGAAAUAAUAAGUAUUUGUUCGCAAUGUGUGUGAAAAUGUGUGAUGUACAAAAUGUACAGUUGUGUUGCAGCAGUAACAGUACAAAGUGCCUGUGGGCGGAGCUUCCCGGAAAUGGGUGGGGAAUGCGGGAGGGAGCACAAGGAGAAAAAAAAUCAUUAUUAUUAUUAUUAUUGUUAUAUAUUUUUUUUUAAGUGAAAACAUAUCAAAUGCACCUUUAAAGAAUUACAAAGGACACAGAGCAGCGUCAGGAAAACCAAAAAUCUAAGUAACUCAUUUGAACACUUUGGGGAAAAAAUGACUUUGUUACACUACAGUGGUUUUCUUAAACACAUCUACUGUAUAGCUUCGAUUUAGAAAUGUUUCUGAAAGCUGAUGGAGGAUAUUUUGGUACAAAACCGAAUCUUGUCUUUUUAAAAGUCUUCAUUUAGCUAUGUUUUGUAAUAAUCUAUAAAUAUAUAAAUAAAUAAAAGGUUGGCUGUGA